AUGCCUAUCACAUCAACUUUCCCUGACAUCCAACUUCAGGUUGUUGAUAUCUUCAACUUUCUGUUCAACCGCACGGAUCGGCCAUAUCCUGAUGACCAAGUCCUGUUCCAAUCCGCCGAUGAUCUGUCGCGGCAGUACACGUACAAGCAGCUCAAGCAGUCCGCGAUCGAUUUCGGCAAGGGUCUGCGAUCGAACUUCGACUUUAAAAAGGGCGAGGUCGUUGGAAUUUAUGCACCAAACGACAUCGACACGCCUGGCGUUGUCUUCGGCACCCUUUGGGCUGGUGGUAUCGUCUCACCAGCAAACCCUGGAUACACUCAAGCAGAACUCGUCUACCAGCUCAAAGAUUCUGGAGCUAAAGUCCUCGUCACGCAUGUGAGCGUGCUCGAAGUCGCCAAGAAAGCAGCUCGGGAGGUCGGUAUCGAAGAGAACAAUGUACUUGUACUAGGCGAGGAGAAGGACCCUUCGAGGAAGACGAGGCACUGGUCUUCGAUCAGAGUACUGUCUGGAACAGAUCGGUAUCGAAUCCCAAGGAUCAAUCCCCAGGAGGAUCUUGCAUUCCUCGUGUAUAGUUCCGGGACGACCGGACGGCCCAAAGGAGUCAGACUCACGCACCACAACAUGACCAGCAACGUUCAGCAGGUACAGGGUGCAGAAGGGUGGCUAACAUGGAACGGAUCCAGGAGCUGUCCUGGGAUCCCUGAUGCACCCAAGGGGAAGGGUGACAAGAUCCUUGCUUGUCUACCUUUCUUCCACAUUUACGGAUUGAAUGUGCUGAUCCACUGCCCGAUAUACACAGGGGUGCAUACGCUGGUACUCCAGAGGUUUGAUCUGGAGAAGUGGUGUCAAUUGGUCCAGGACCAUAAAGUGACCUUUUCCUAUAUCGUUCCGCCGAUUGUGUUAUUACUAUGCAAACAUCCUGCGGUUGAGAAGUACGACCUCAGUUCGCUACGCAUGACCAACUCAGGCGCGGCGCCGUUGACAAAGGACCUCGUGGAGAAUCUUUACAAACGGAAAGGCGUGCGUGUAAAGCAGGGCUAUGGAUUGUCUGAGACGAGCCCGACGAUUUUCAUCCAGAGAUGGGAAGAUUGGGAGAGUGCAGUCGGAACAACGGGUCGGAUGGUUCCAAAUUUGCUGUCAAAAUUCUGCGCAGUACCUCGCGAGGGCGAGGAAAGUGAUGGGAGUAAAGAACUUCCACAGGGAGAAGUCGGCGAACUCUAUGUCAAGGGACCGAAUGUGUUCACUGGGUAUCACAAUAACGCUACCGCCACAGCGGAAUGCCUUGAGGAUGGCUGGUUCCGCACAGGCGACGUGGGCUUCAUUGACAAAAACGGAGAUUUGACCAUCACAGACCGAGUCAAGGAACUCAUCAAGUACAAGGGCUUCCAAGUGCCGCCGGCGGAGCUAGAGGGAUAUCUGGCAAACCACGAGCUCAUCGACGACGUCUGUGUGGUGGGUGUCGAGAGUGAGGAGCUGGGAACUGAAGUCCCUCGUGCUUACAUCGUGCGCAAAGGCGGCAUGAGUGCCGUGAAAGACAAUGACGGUCAGGAGAUCAUUCAAUGGUUGAACCAAAAAGUUGCCAACCACAAGAAACUGAGAGGAGGCGUCAAAUUCGUGGACGCCGUACCCAAGAGCGUCAGUGGAAAGAUCCUGAGGAGGAUAUUGAAGGACCAGGCGAAGAAGGAGUUCCAGGAGGAGCAAGACAAGAAACUGAACAAGGCUCGGCCGAAGCUGUAA